UUAUAAUAAACGGUUACAAACGCGUUUCAAAGACCAACUCGACCGAUCCAAGGCAACGUGUUCCUUUAAGAGGCUGCAAAUGGAUAUAUUAGAGAAAUUACAGUUGUAUUUUGCCAGUAAUAAAUUAAUGACAGGCAGUAUAAACUUGCUUUGAUUCUCCCUCAAUGUUAUGCGCUCUUUUGUUUGGCUUAUACUGAUUUCUGAGUGCGGUGUUUUGUUGGCUUAUAUGAUUUUUUUGAUAUAAAUUUGGCAAAUUGGCCUUACUAAUAGAAUGAUCGCUAACUUGUGAUUUGCUUCUGCCAUCUUUGAGUUAAAUUUAAAUGACCACAGGUUGGUUCUGAUGGAGACUAAAAUGACUUCAUUGGAUAAACGUGAAGUGACGUAAGCUUUCCGUGCUUUGAUUGGUGUAUGAGGUGAUUUAGACAAAUAAGUCAUUGGAUCCACACUCCAAUCUUCCUUACAGAAAUAACACGUAAUCCCAUCAACCAGUACUUCAUACAUGUACCAGCAAAGACAUGUUUACAUUACUUGUUAAUAAAUAAUGGAGAUCCGAGCUAUUGAAAUUGCAAACAUUCAACCACCGCACACACUUCGUUGGUGGAUCUUGGAACAUUGACUUGCCCGCACUGGAUGCCAUGAUGGAUCAAGAACAACUCAGACGACUUAAGGGUGGAUUCCUGGCUGCUUCAAAGAACUUUGACGAAAAUGACUUAAAUGUUGAUUUGUCUGGCAAAUCAUUUAUGUUGACCGGAGCAAACACAGGCAUCGGGAAAAGCGUAACUAUGGAACUUGCUAAACGAGGUGGCACUGUCCAUAUGAUUUGCCAGCAUGCUGAUGAGGAAACAAGGAAAGAGGUUGUUGAGAAAACUGGGAACGAGAACAUACAUCUACACGUAUUGGAGCUAUCCAAGCCCAGAGAUGUCCAUGACUUUGCAACAAAGUUCGCGGAGGGCUGGAAAGAGCUUCAUGCUUUGGUGAACAAUGCUGCAGAUAUAGUAUAUACAAGAGAGAUUACGGACUUCGGUUUUGAAAAAAACUUUGCAAUAAAUACCAUGGGGCCGUACCUCCUUACGAAGACUCUGCUACCGACCAUCAACAAGACGCCUGGAUCACGAGUGAUCAUGGUUUCUACACGCAGAGCCUACGAAGAAAAAGCGAAUCUCUCUGAUCUUAACAACGAAAACAUGGAAUCGUACGAUGGAUACGAUUGCCAGUUACGGAGCAAGCGUCACCAAUUCAUUAUGAAUGAAAUGUGGGCCAAGGAGUAUCCGAACGUGCACUUCUCGGCAAUGCGUCCCGGGAUAGUGGACACGCCAUUGUUGAGCAAAUAUCUACCGCAGUUCGCGAUCCAGACCGCACGUGGAAAGGACACGCUG